AAUAAUAAUAAUAAUAAUAAUAAUAAUAAUAAUAAUAAUAAUAAUAAUAAUAAUAAUAAUAAUAAUAAUAAUAAUAAUAACAAUAAUAAUAAUAAUAAUAAUAAUAAUAAUAAUAACAAUAAUAAUAAUAAUAAUAAUAAUAAUAAUAAUAAUAAUAAUAAUAAUAAUAAUAAUAAUAAUAAUAAUAAUAAUAAUAAUAAUAAUAAUAAUAAUAAUAAUAAUAAUAAUAAUAAUAAUAAUAAUAAUAAUAAUAAUAAUAAUAAUAAUAAUAAUAAUAAUAAUAAUAAUAAUAAUAAUAAUAAUAAUAAUAAUAAUAAUAAUAAUAAUAAUAAUAAUAAUAAUAAUAAUAAUAAUAAUAAUAAUAAUAAUAAUAAUAAUAAUAAUAAUAAUAAUAAUAAUAAUAAUAAUAAUAAUAAUAAUAAUAAUAAUAAUAACAAUAAUAAUAAUAAUAAUAAUAAUAAUAAUAAUAAU